GAAACAUGGCUGAAUAUCGUUUCAGUGGUGUGGUGAAAUUGUGUGUAUAAAAUUAUUAAAACGUCAUUUUGGUCUUAAACAGAUUUACGCACCAGUAAAAUGACAUCGAUACAUUUUGUUGCGCAUCCUUUACCAGGAACAGAUGAUCAAUUAAAUGAUAGGUUAAAGGAAGUGGCAGAAAAAAUCAACAGAUAUGGCUUUGUGACAUUACCAGCAUUUAAUGGAUUGAAGAUCGCAGUAAAGCGUAUUGUUGUUGGACCAACACACAUUGCCCUUCUUACUGAAGAUCAUAAAAUUUGCAGAGUUGCGUUUACGGUGUUGUCAGACCGAUUGGACUUAAGCAAAAAUGAACCAAACAGAAACACAAAUAAAAACCAUGUUGCCAAUUCCAAUUCAGCACCAAGCAGUGGUAACAGCAGUGGAAGUGGAAGUAGAGCAGGAAUGUCUAGAUCGCGCACAAGAAUUAUGCGUGGAAGUUCUGCAAUUCGUGGAAGUGGCAGCAGUGGAGGUAGUAGUAGCGGUGGCAGGAUAGGGCCUCCAGGUGUAAUUAUGGGCGGUGGAAGUGGUAGUAGCUCCCGUCCUAUUGCAUUGGUACCUGCUCCAUUUGUUCCGGAAGAUCUCAUUUCACAGGCUCAAGUGGUUCUGCAGGGAAAAAGUCGCAAUCUUAUUAUUAGAGAAUUACAGCGUACAAAUUUAGAUGUAAAUUUAGCAGUAAAUAAUUUACUGUCACGAGAUGAUGAAGAAGGUGAUGAUGCGGAAGAUGCAGCAGACACAUAUGUUCCAGAAGAUCUUAUUUCAUUGCUAGAUGGUGGAUUUAGUAAUGAUCAUUCUGUUAUACUUGAUGCAGACUCUAUGUUUUCUGAAGAUAUGCUUGGGUAUACAGGAAUGAGAAACCGUGGAAGUUCAUCACGCAGAAUAGGUAAUGAUAGGGAAGGUGAACGUGCAUCUGAACGGGACCGUGAUAGUUUCAGUAGAUGGAGGGAUCGUCAGUAUUGUGGACCACGGCGGUGGUUAGAAACAGCGCUUAAAGAAUCUUGGGAAAAAGAGUCAGAUAACAAAAAGAAAGAAUUGGCAUCUCAAAGUCCAUUAUGGAUAUCAGAAGAAUUGGAGUGGUGGCAUGAACGUAGCAGCGAUCCUGCUCCUCGUUUUGUACAAAUUGCCUCACUGUAUAGUGAAUUAAUUGCUGUUUCUGCCGGUGGACAAUUAUAUCAAUGGAAAUGGUCAGAGUCUGAACCAUACAAAGAUCCAGAAAAUCCAAAUAUACAUCAUCCAAAAGCUCCAUGGUUAGCAAUAACAUCAGAAAAGAUAAUUAACAUAUCUGCAACAGCAAUUCGUUGUUCUGUUAGCACUGAAAGUGGCAAAGUAGCUACUUGGCUUGAUGAGCUUCUGGGACAUGUUGCUUCUCGUCUUGAACAUCCAGCUCAAACUUUUACUGAAUUUACAUUGGAUAAAAUAGUAUCUCUUCAUACUUGUGCUUUGUACACUGUUGCCAGACUUGAAAGUGGUGCAUUGUAUUGGUGGGGCGUCUUACCGUUUGCCCAACGUAAAAAGUUAUGGGAAAAAUAUAAAGCUAAAUCACGUAAACACAGACCAUCUACGAUAUCAAAUGAUAUCAGUUAUGGAACCCACGUUUGUAUGAAAAAUAGUCCUAUAUAUCAACCCGGUGCAAUAGGAUUUACAAUUGCCAAUGGAGUUCCAAAAGUGGGGCAGUUGUUAGUAGCAGCUUGGAAUUUAGAUGCUAAUUACAGAUUCAAAAUAUUACCAGCUGGAACUCACUUACCUAGUGUUAACGUAGACAAACGUGAGACAAAUGGAAAUAAUGGAACGGGUACUAUAAAUAAGACCAAUCAUAAAGAAACUGCUGAUCGCCUUGAUAUGCCUCCACCUCCCUCGCCAGCUUCGAGCACUUGCAGUGAUACUGGUAGCAUUACAACAAGUCAUAAACGACAAAAACGAGUGACGCCUCGGAACGAAGGCGAACCUGAGAGAAAAGACGAGGAGGAUUGGCAGUUAAAGGACGUUGUUUUUGUAGAGGAUGUUAAAACUGUACCAAUUGGUAAAGUUAUAAAAGUUGACGGUUGCUACGUUGCUGUAAAAUUCUUUUCAAAAGAUUCGAAGGAGAAAGAAAAGGAGAUUAAGGAGAAGGAUUUCAGUACAUCAGAUUUUAAGGAUUUAACAGCUGAAGAAUCAAUCAAAUUGCUAGCUGACUGCAGAUUGUUAAGGAAAGACGAGUUACGGGUAAUAAAAUCGUCUAUGAAUCCAAGAGCACCGGAUUGUUUCCAAAGAACGCCUAGAAGAGUGAACAUCGUGGAAGGAUCAAAUGAUAAUAUUUUAACCAUUGCUACAGAUGGACAAGGUAUCCAUGCUAUACUGAAAACCGGAAAUAAAUUAAGUUAUGUUGUAUACAAUUUGAGCACUGGAAGAUACGUGCAAGAUUGUUAUAUUCCAUCAGAUACUUCGUCCUUCUUAGGUUUACAGCCACAAAAUAUCAAUCUGACGAGUGCAGGAGAAAAUAUUGAGUGUUCUAUGAUACUUAGGGAUGGGAAUAAUACUAUUUAUCCAUUAGUAAAAGAUUGUGCUGAUGCUAUUCGUGAUCCAAAUUGGUUAGAUCUUGUUCCAGUACUUUGUAUUGGUGCUUCCACCAUUCCUAUACCAACUUGUUCGAAUUCGACCAACAUGAAAAAUCAAGUUGCAGUUAUUGCGUUAGCAUUUGAUAGCCUUUUACUUAUGCCACGCAUAUUAAGAUGCGAUUAUGAUAGCGUUAAACAAGUAUUCUGUAAUUUAGAACAAGAUCACAAAAAUAAUUUAGCACAACUUCAGACAAUACUCAUGGAACGUUGCGACGGCAAUCGUAACAUUUUGCAUGCUUGCAUCAGUAUGUGCUCACCAACUUCGAAUAAGGAAAAUGAUCAAGGUAUCGAACGUGAAUUAGUUUCGAACACCGUGGAUGGUCCGUCCGCGCCCAUUGAAGAACCAAUACCAACUUUAAGUUGGCCACCGGAAGCGUUCGAUAAUACUUCAGGUGAAGAAGAUAGCUUACUUAGCAUCGGUGCUGCCAGUAUAUCUAUGAUGAAUAAAUCAGGUGAAGGCGUUGGAGCAACAUCUAAUAACACUUACAUCAUUGACUCGGUUGAAAGACGAAAUAAUGCAUUGCUUAUAUUGAAAUAUAUGUGCGAAAGUAGUGUAUUAGCCCCUCAUUUGAAGGAACUACUCACAGCAAAGGACGUUCAAGGUCAAACACCAUUAAUGCUUGCUGUCUCAGUCCGUGCAUAUCACGCAGCUCUCAUUUUAUUAGACACUAUUCAAAGAGUUGGGAGAGAUCAAAAAGAAUGUUCAGCAAUGAUACUUCCUCCUGAUGCUAAUCCAGAUUUAUCACCAUUAUUUGUCACUUGUUGCAACGACACGUGUAGCUUUACAUGGACUGGUGCCGAUCACAUCAAUCAGGAUAUUUUCGAAUGUCGAACUUGUGGCUUAACCGAAUCCUUAUGCUGCUGCACAGAGUGUGCUCGCGUUUGUCACAGAGGACACGAUUGUAAAAUGAAAAUUACUUCUCCCACAGCCUACUGUGACUGCUGGGAGAAAUGUAAAUGUCGUGCUCUGAUUGCCGGUCAUCAAGGAGCUCGUUAUGAGCUUCUUUGUCGACUCGUAGUGAAUACCGAUCUGGCCACAAAAAUAAAUUCAAGGGGAGAAAGUAUCUUGCUGUUUCUAGUUCAGACGGUAGGAAGACAGUUAAUAGAACAACGACAGUGCCGUUCUGCACCUCGGCAGCGUUCAACGUCCGGAAGUCGUAAAGGACCGUCAUCCGAUGGCUUGACUGCUGAAGCCAACAUGCCGGAUCAUGACCUGGAACCUCCUCGUUUUAGCCGAAAGGCUUUAGAAAGAUUAUUGAACGAUUGGCCAGCUGUUCAAUGCAUGAUAAUGUCAGGAGUAUCCGUGAAUAGCAAUGAUCAAUUGUUUGGAGACCAAGGGCAGUUGUGCCGUCAAAGUGGAACUGCGUUGCUUGACAAAUUCACUCACUCACUGUUAGUUAAAUGCAGCGCCGAAAUGCUCGACACCUUACUGACAACGUUGAUACGCGAAUUGCAAAACGAUACUGUACCUGGGCGACAAGAGGAAGCAAAUAACGUAGCACGCCGAUUUGUACGAUCCGUGGCUCGAAUAUUUGUAAUCUUCACGAUAGAAAUGGCACCAAAUACGACGAAGAGAAGAAACAUCAGUCAAGCAUCGCAACCCCUGAUGAAAUGCCGUAAAGUUUUUCAAGCACUGAUCAAAUUAGCAGUCGAGGAGUUGUGCGAAACUGCUGACUCAUUGAUAGCACCGGUCAGAUUAGGCGUUGCUCGUCCAACGGCACCCUUUACAUUGACCAGCUCAGCAAUUGAAGUAAUAAAUGGCUCCGAAGAAUUGUUCUCCAUAGAACCACUGAUACCUCACAGUGGUGUCAGCUCCCAAACUUUAGACGCUGCCUUGCAAACGCAGCAAGGAAACAAUAACAUCACUAUCGCCAGAGAUGUUUCUGCUAUGGACGAAACAGAAGGCGGUGAAGCAGAAGGUCCUAUGGAUGUGGAUGGUGACAUAAGCGAGCACGAAGAAUCUGGAGUUUCUGGAACCGUUCCUGGGCAACCGCUUGGUGAAAUUGAUAGCAAUGCCGGCGGUGUAGGUGAAGAGCAAGCAGGAGACGGUGAAUCCGAUACAGAACUUGAUCUCUUAGCAGAAGCAGAAACCGAAUCAGACUCUGACGAUAAUCACAGCAAUCAAGAUGCAGCGUCUGCCCAGCGCAGUGUACAAACCGGCGCUACAGCAGGAUCUGACGGUGGAAUGGGAUCCAUUUUAUUAUUCCCGGAGGACGAAUCUGGAGAAUCGAGUCAACAAGAGGACGAUGAAAGCGAAGCUGGUGAAACCGAUGAACAAGAUAAUGAAGAUUUUCAAAUUGGGGACGAACAGUUGGAACGUCGAAGUGGUUCAUCCGGCCAUUUACAUCGUAACAAUCUUGCACCCGUCUCGAUGCAAUGGGCGAUCCGUAAUCGCGAAAUGAAUACACGCACAGCAGGAUUACGGGUAACAGGUGGCAGUAAUCUUGGGUUUAUUGAUUCGGCUUCUUUGAGACGCACUACUGCGACGUCUGCCGUUGCAGCUGCACAAGAACCCAUAAUAAUGGGCACUACUACCAGUUGUUUAGCACGUGCAUUUGGAAUUGUAAUUCGACAGAUAGCUGAUCUUUUAGUUAUGAUGCAAGAUUACAAAAUGCAGGCACCUUCUUUGCCACGAUUGAUGGAGAUCUCUUACCAAGAUGCACUGAAUCUACAGAUGUAUCUGGAAGCGCAUUUAAAACCCACGUGGGAUUGGCUACUCACAGUGAUGGAUGCCACAGAAGCGCAAUUGAGAUUUGGAGUAUCAUUGACACGUAGCGCAGAUCCUACACACCCAGAGCAUCCCCUGAACAAUGCUCCAUCUUUAUCCGGAGGCAAUUUCACUGGGUUAUUGAAUACAGCUGCUUUGUCUUUGACGUUACAGUCUAAUGCAGGUCGGAAUCAACGCAGUGGUAUCGCUACGAGCUCCAAUAUCUCCACUCCACAAGCUUCUACAAGACUCACGGUUGGUUUUGCAGGCGUUGGCGAACCUUCAAGAAGCAGUAGAGAACGCGAAGUAUUUUUAUUUUUAGGCAGCGACGCACAUUCGGCAAGGCGUGAAUUUUUAUCUUAUUGCUUGUCCUUAAUGCGUGCCCACAAUGGCGAACACAGAGACAGCUUGCCGGUGUUAGACGUUUCCGCGCUGAGACAUGUUGCUUAUGUUUUCGAUGCGCUAGUGUAUUACAUGCGCUCGCUCUCUGAACCGAUGUCAUCUCGGGGAGAGACUCAGAAGGAAUCGUCGAACUACUCUAGUUGGAACGAUCAGGAUGAAAACGACAAUGACGAAGGAGAAGAAUAUAAUUCUCCAGUACCUACCGCAUUAGAAACAGACUCUGUCGAUUAUCCUGACUUACUUCAGGUUCCUAUUUGUGGCUCUGGAAAUAGCACUAAUAGCACACCGAAAGGGAGGAAACAUCCUUUCCUCCAAAGAUCAGACUCUACGUUGUCCCUUGGUUGUCCACCCUUUGAUCCAUUUGAUACUGUCAUGAGUGAAGCUUUACCUCUAGCCGACCAACCGCAUUUACUACAACCCGAUUCAAGACGCGAAGAUCUUUUUGGUAUUCCAAGACAGUCCGCAUUGAAUUCAGGCUCUAAUCAAAAUCGAUUAGCAGGAUUGCCCACAAGGCUUGGUUUGUCUGCACGAGGAACUGAUAAUCAGAAUGUUUCUUCACCUACAUCCAGUCAAGUAAUUCAAGGACCUGCUUUUCUGUCAUCAGAUGCAAAGCGUAGUUCUAUGUCAGCUGGAGAUUCGACGUCUGCGAAGCCAGCGGAAAGGGCAAAAUCGUUCAGUCAGCCGAAUGACCACACACUUGCCGCUGAACAAAUUGAUCGAGCGCCGAUUAUAGUUUCCACUAACAAUCAAAAUGAGCAAGCAGCAGGAAGUACCAAAAAUAAUAAGGAUAUAUGUAAAAUGAAUAGAAGCGUAAUCGUUAGAGCUGGAACAGUUUCGGAAUCGAACGCUAACAAGGCGGGGGCGUCAGAAAUGAUGGUGGUAUCAAACGAGAUGGAAAUCGUAUCGGAAGAAACUGAUCCACCAACUUCAAGUCACGAAACAUCUACGGCUCAGGAAACAGUUGAAACAAAUCCAAUUCCGACUAUCGGCAGUAAUAUAUCGCAUAACAUCUUACUGGGUCGUUGGAGAUUGUCUCUUGAUUUAUUUGGACGAGUUUUCAUGGAGGACGUUGGUUUGGAAGCUGGAUCAGUUGUGUCUGAGCUGGGCGGUUUCUCGGUAAAAGAAGCGAAGUUCCGCAGAGAUAUGGAGAAGCUUCGAAAUUCACAACAGAGAGAUAUUAAUUUAUUAAAACUUGAACGAGACAGAACGCAGCUAUUAGUGCAAACGAUGAAGGAAUUAAACACACAGUACAAUUUAUAUAACAGGCGUGCGUCUAAUACUCCGCCGUUAGCAGUAAAUCGCGUUAAAGUGAUUUUCAAGGAUGAACCUGGUGAAGGCUCCGGUGUUACUAGAAGUUUUUAUACCGCGAUCGCAGAGGCAUUGCUUGCGAACGAAAAGUUGCCUAAUCUCGAAGCAGCGCAAGUAGGCUCCAAAUAUACACAAUAUAACGUCCUUCAGAAGUUAAAAAGUAGAGACCGCGAUCGUGAAUUAAGACGACAAAACACUCGAUCUUCUGGAAAAUGUCGAGAGCCACGAAGAGCUUUAUCAUUCGAAGCUCGUGUUUUCCAUCCAUCCACAUCUGUCGAAGGAAGUAGCAAUUCUGGAGCCGGUAGUUCGUCCUCCAAUUCCCAUCCGUUACCUGUUAGCCAUCCAAGUAAUGAACACUUGACCAUGCAUCAGCAACAACUUGGUGAUAGACUGUAUCCAAAGGUUUAUGCGUUACGGCCCGCAUUAGCUGACAAAAUAACUGGAAUGCUGUUGGAACUACUCCCUGCACAGCUGUUGAUGUUACUAGCCUCAGAAGACGCUCUGCGGCAAAAAGUAGAAGAAGCAUUUGAAUUAAUCCGUAGUCAUAGUCAGGAGGCAACAAGAGAAGCACUGUUAGAUCUUGAUGUAUUCAGUUUAAUUGCACGAUGUGGAGCCAACAAGAAAAAGAUGGAGAAUAGUAUUUUGGAUGACACAGAAGACAACGCUCCUCUCUUUUACUCUCCGGGCAAAAGAGGAUUUUACACGCCGCGCCAAGGGAGAGCCAGCUACGAGCGACUGAACGCGUUCAGAAACGUGGGCAGACUUAUAGGAUUGUGUCUGUUGCAAAACGAAUUGUGCCCAAUAUUCUUGAAUCGUCACGUGAUAAAAUACAUUUUGGGAAGAUCAAUCCGUUUCCAUGACCUUGCAUUUUUUGAUUCUGUAAUUUAUGAAAGCCUAAGGCAACUCGUUAAUGAUUCUGAGACCAAGGACAGCAACAGUUUAUUUUCUACCCUUGAUCUUAAUUUUAGUAUUGAUUUAUGUCCCGAAGAAGGAGGUGGUUCAAUUGAACUGAUGCCUAACGGUCGUGAUAUAGAAGUAACAGCGAGUAACGUUUAUGAUUACGUACGAAAAUAUGCGGAAGUUCGCAUGAUCAAGGUACAAGAGAAAGCUUUACGUGCUAUGAGAGAGGGGGUAUUCGACGUGCUACCAGAAGGGUCACUUGAUGGUUUAACAUCCGAAGAUUUGAGACUCCUUUUAAACGGAGUCGGUGAUAUUAACGUUUCCGUUUUGAUAUCGUACACUUCAUUUAACGACGAAUCAGGAGAAUCUGCGGAUAGAUUGGCAAAAUUUAAACGAUGGUUGUGGUCCAUCGUUGAAAAAAUGACACAUUCAGAACGACAAGACUUGCUAUACUUUUGGACAGGAUCUCCAGCAUUACCCGCAAGCGAAGAUGGUUUUCAACCAAUGCCGACUGUGACGUUACGACCAGCAGAUGAUGCUCAUCUACCAACUGCAAAUACAUGUAUUUCCCGUCUAUAUGUUCCAUUGUACAGCUCUCGUCACGUAUUAAGACAUAAACUACUUCUUGCUAUUAAGACAAAGAACUUCGGAUUUGUAUGAAUAUAUAGAUUCUAUAGAUAUAAAUAUAUAUAAAUAUAUAUAAUUAUAUAUACGUAUAUAUAUAUGCAUAAGAUAUAUAUAAUAUAAUACAUAUUAUAUAUACGUUAUGUAUAUCAUAUAUAUUAUGUGACCAUGUUUGUGCGCAAUAGCCCUAAAAAGAAGUCACAUUAUUGAUAAUGAUAUGAGAAAAAAAAUGUUGUAUGUUGUUAUUUUUUUCCUUCCUAGAAAAAAUUUAUAACAUUUAUAAAUUUAUAAGCUGUAAUUAUGAAUUCUGAUUUCUUUUACUGAAAAAGUGGUUUUCAUCAUAAGAUUUUAUGUUAAAUGUCCUCUUUAGUCUUUAUAGUGAUCAAAUAAAACUUUCUCAAAAGU